AACAUGAGAUUAUUAGGUAUUUUCGAACCAUGAACCGCAUACUGCAAAAUAGGUAAGUCCAUAUAAUUAUAUGUACCUAACCUAGGUACUACCAUCCCACUCUUUUAGUUACUUAGUUCCUCUCAUGGCGGCACGGCCAGACCCAGAGAUCAAGGUUAACCAGGGCUCUUUCCACUUAUCAAUCUCCGGUAGACUAACCACCCGGAAACCUCCCCUUUUCAUCUAUUAAGCCAGAAAUUAUUGCACUUAUCGGCCGAGAAUAGAUUUGUCUCUCUCUAUGUAUAUCUCCUUGCAUAUAUAUAAGAGUACCUUGAUAAUAACUCAUCCCUUGGCGUGCAUUGCAAUUAUUUAAAUUGCUGGUCACCCACCCACGCCACAAUAACGGCUGGUAUUUGUUACCAAUACCAGUCCGCGGGAGUUGCUACACGGUAUUUGCACCAAGUCAGAAACACCACUUGGUUGGUUAGGAUCUCUCGAAUUCAACAGUCACGAUGAGAGGUCCGCUCGCUCGGUUCGCCCACCCUACCGAGGUGCCAGUAGAGGAGAAAACACACACGCCUAACGACAAGGAAGGUGGCGUCGUCGAUAAUCAACCUCAGAGUAGCGAAGCCUCCAACGAUAUCGACGCGAUCGAUAGCGAUGCCCAGGCUGGUGUUCAGAAAAUUGAGGCGACGACUAAGGUCUGGUCGAUGUCUCACCUUAUCUUAGCUUAUGUCUUCAUCUGGAUUAUCUACUUUGUCGAUUCUAUGCAACAGGGCAUGGGGACUCUUUUGAACCCAUACGUUACUAGCGCAUUCGCUCUGCAUUCGUUAACUGCCACCACAGGCGUCAUGUCUGGUAUCAUCGGCGGUGUUUCAAAGCUGACUUUGGCGAAAAUUUUGGAUAUUUGGGGUCGACCUCAGGGUUUCUUGAUCGUGGUCCUUUUAAUGACCGUUGGUCUCGUCAUGAUGGCAGCAUGCAACAACGUCGAGACUUAUGCGGCUGCGCAGGUCUUCUACUGGGUUGGAUACAAUGGAGUUAGUUACUCCCUCUCUGUUUUCAUCGCCGAUACUUCGCACCUGAAAAACCGAGCCCUGAUGUUGGCCUUCAUCUCGUCUCCUUAUAUUAUUACCGUUUGGAUCUCCGCUCCCAUGACUGAUAGUAUCCUAUCUGUAUCUGGCAUUGGCUGGAGAUGGGGAUUCGGCAUUUUCUCCAUCAUUACCCCUAUCAUGUGCCUUCCUCUGUUCUUCUUGUUUACCUGGAACUACCAGAAGGCAAAGAAGGAAGGGCUUAUUGUUAACACUCCAAGCGGUCGCACGACAUGGGAAUCGAUCAAAUACUAUUUCUGGCAGUUUGAUGUCAUCUGCCUUAUCCUUGUCACCGGUGGCUUUGCGCUCUUCUUACUUCCUUUCAACAUUUACUCCUACCAGUACUAUGGCUGGAAGGACCCCUUGGUCAUUUGCUUGAUUAUCUUCGGUGGGUUACUUCUCAUCGGAUCUGUGGUUUGGGAGAGAUUCUUUGCACCGGUCAAAUUCAUGCCCUGGGAACUCCUCAAAGACCGAACCGUUCUCGGAGCUUGUAUCCUCUCUGCUGUUCUGUUCGUCGAAUAUUAUAUCUGGACCGCCUAUUUCAGUUCCUUCCUCCAGGUUGUCCUCAACCUCGACGUGACCCAGACUGGUUACAUCGGCAAUAUCUACAGUCUUGGGUCUUGCUUCUUUUCCUUCGUCGUAGGUUUCUUGAUCCGCUGGACCGGUCGCUUCAAGUGGAUCACUCUAUACUUUGGUGUACCAGUCACGAUCCUCAGCAUUGGCCUGCUCAUUCACUUCCGACAACCUGGCACUCACCUUGGCUGGAUUAUCAUGUGUGAAAUCCUCUACGCCUUCGCUGGUGGUGCCUGCGUCAUCGGUGAGCAAAUGGCUGUUAUGGCCGCGGCGGCCCAUCAACACGUCGCCGUCGUCCUUGCUAUGGAGGGUAUGUUUAGUAGCGUCGGUGGUGCUAUUGGAGGUACCGUUUCCGCAGCCAUCUGGACGGGCGUUUUCCCUACGGCAUUAGCCAAGUAUUUGCCUGCAGAAUCUCAAGCAAACCUUACGGCUAUCUACAGCCAGCUUCCGGUUCAGCUCUCGUACCCCGUAGGAUCACCGACCAGGGAUGCCAUUAUCCUAGCCUACGGUGAUGGCUUAAGAUGGAUGUUCGUGGCUGCUACGGCGGUCACUGUGCUGGGUCUUGUAUCCGUUGCUGUCUGGCGAGACAUCAAAGUCAGUGACUUCAAGCAGGUCAAGGGUCGUGUAAUUUAAAUGUAUAUGUGAUUCCCGAGGCAUUCGCUUUGCUAGUAGUAAAAAUGGGGUAUGAAACAUGGUUUGGUGAGAGAAUUUGGGCAACGGUAUGGGCCGUGGUGUAUUGAGUAUGAGCGGAUGAAGUUCGACGUGUAAGAUGACGAGGCGAUAUAGAUAUGGGAUACCUGCUUGAUUCACCGAAUCACGCUUAAUUUCAACUGAUUAAUGUUCAAUGAAAAGUUCAUCACCUAGAUACUUAGAUACCUAUUAUACAGAACCAGACGGCUGAUCGUUGACCAAUAAUAAGUGGCUUAGAGGCUCAA